AUGCCUUCAUUCACAUCGUGCCUUUCGACUGCAGGACAUGUCUUGCUCUCCCUCGGACUGGCACGCCUAGUUUCACCCUUGUUAUUUGCCUUGUACAACGCCAUGAAAGCGCUGAAGCAAACCUUGGAUUUCGUUUAUCGCGGACCCGGUGUAGCUAUGGACAGACUUAGACUCCAGUAUGGGUCGGUGUGCCACAUCAUGAUCGCUGAUAGAACCACAACAGUGGUCUCAAAUGGCGGUUUCAUCAAGGCGUUGUUCUCUUCAGACAUACUGAAGGCUGACGUUCAAAUAGUGGACCUCGUCUCUGCCCUUAGUGGGGUGGAAAUUAAACGCGCAGCACUUGCUGACAUCCUUAACCAUCAUAUCCAUCCAAUCGCCGGACGCUUUCUUAGGAAAAAGGAGUUUCUAAACGAAGUCUCUCCCGCAUUAGCACUGUCUCUUUCAACCUUCAUCAAAGCUCGGGCAUCAGUCUCGGAGUUGCACGACCUUUCGCAACUUGUAGAUACAGCCCUCAUCUCUUCCAUCUCUGAAGUUAUCUUUGGGCCAUCAUUCCCUACCGACAUUAUUGCGGACUUACAGCUCUUAGACAAGACAUUUUAUCCUCGCCUUUGUCGCCUUCCAUUUGCUGGGUCUGCUUUUCCAUCUGCCCGUUCACGCCUCUUGGAACGUCUGAGCGCGUAUCUAACGCGCGUGGAAGGACAGAAGCUUGAUAUCUGGCCAGGUUAUUCUCUUGUGCAAGAUUAUUUGAACGUAUGUCAGCUCGUCGGCAUUUCCGGCAAAAAUCGAGCCGCUCUUUUCCUGUCCCUUGUUUGGGGCUUCACAGCGGCUUCUACCGGUGUCACAAGUUGGAUGUUAGUCUUUCUUCUCAACAAUCCUCAAGCGCUCGCCAAGGUUCGAGAAGAAGUAAAUUCCGCGCUCGAAGUGUACGAAGGAGACAUCCUUAGACUAUCAGGCGAUCCCAAUGCUUUCGAUAUUUUAUCGUUUCCCACUAUAGAUUCCGCAAUCCACGAAACGCUACGCUUGACCAGUGUUGCUACCCCCUCACGUCAGGCGGCAUCCGACAUCCAUCUUAGCGAUGGACACAGCUCAGUUCUGAUCAAAUCUGGAGAUUUUGUCAUGGCAAACAUACGCGCUCAUCAUUUCGACCCUUCCGUAUAUCCAGAUCCCCAUGCCUUCAUUGUAGACCGCUUCAGCAUUCGGAAUAGAAGACGGGAUGUGCCAAUUGCGUUUGGCGGUGGAAUACAUGCAUGCAAGGGUCGCCUAUUCGCUAUCAUGCACAUGAAAAUAUUCGUGGUGCUGUUGACUUCCCUUGCGGAAAUCGAAUUAGACGAGAAAGAGACUUCGAAUAUCCCAAAAGUAAAUCAGUGGGCCGUUAACAUUCUUCGCUUGGAUCAAAAUGUCAGCAUCAAACUCAAGUCUCGUCUGUACAUCGAUUUGAGGGUGAAACACCUCAGCAGGAAGACGAGAAGGGGGGGCCGCCGGGUGAUCGUUCACAGGGACUGCCGUACUAGCCGUGACGAUGUUGAUGAUAUCAGCAAUAAUAACAGCACUCAUAAAGGGAAGCACAUACCCAGAAGCAACGGCCGCUUUCGCUUGCUGGGAGAAACGAAAGGUGUCGAAGGAGAGGAGCCCGUGCCACCGCCUGGAGCACCCGGCUGCGAGCGCGUCCCUCCGACGGACUGUGGCGCGGCAAUGUUGAGGGCGAAGGACUGCAUAGAGAGGAUGAGCCCACAAGGGAAGACAUUGCAAGCAACCCCGAGGAUCGCAGUGCAAGCAUUGGUGUUCGGGGCACAUAAUGUUAAUGAGAUGCAGCAAUGA